AUGAGCGAUGAUGAUAAGCUUCUUGAAAGUAUGCUCAUGUUGCCGCCGCCAAAUAAGGUGCAUCAAGUGCAAGAGAAAAGAAAAUUGAGAAGAGAAGUUGCCCAAAAAGUCAUCGAAUUCCGGAAACGACCCAACGCUAUAAAUUUCAAAUACUGCACACUCUGUAAAGGAAGAGCAAACGUUAAUAACGUGUUCACUGAGACCUGGGAAAGAGUAAUUAUCUGUUCCGCGAGAUGGACGAGCUCAUUUUCCAAAAAAUACUGCAACUGGAUGGUCUCAGAAAAGGCUGUCGUGUAUCUCUGCGAAUUCGAUAUGGUCAAAACUUGCAUUCAACUCCGUUCAAUUAUUGUUAGUGAUUUGUCGAAACCUUUUGUGUCGUUGAAUUCGUCAAAAUUCGACGAGUUAUGCCGAGUUGUUGCCGUUAUAUUGAAUGGAAAUGUGACAAAAUCCACGGUGGCCAAUAUGUUUAUGAAUUUCGUGAACAAAUAUCUUCGGCCGGGAUCGGUGAACUGCGUCCAAAUAUUUAGUGCAUGCGAUGUUUGCAAAUCUCGAAAUGGGUGUCUUUGCAAAUUGAUGACUUCUCCGUUGAUGAUAUGGUGUGAUUAUUGUAAUUCGCUGAAACCAAGCGAAAAAAUUGUCGGGCUUCCCGUAGUGUAUAACGAAAAGAUGCAAUGGCUGCUUCGACUCGAUGAGAGUGUUGAAGUAAAGCUCCAAACAGCGCAUCGUGCCAAUCUCUGUGUCGAUCAUUUCCCGCUUUAUUUGCGAGACGAAAAUGGAGUCAAGGAAGAAUGGAUCAAUAAGUUGAAGCAGGAUAACACGUUGGUCGCGGUUGGUCGAAAAAUCUGCGAUUAUUGUUACGCUUCGAAACGCCCAACAGAAGUGAUCUGUAUUGGAUUGAAUGCGAUUCGUACGCGAAAAUGGCUGUUCAUGCUGGGACCGAGAUUUAGUAAAAGGAUUGCUGGAAAAACGAACGCCAUCAUGUGUCGAUCCCAUUUUGAAAAUGGAGCCGUGUCAUGGAAUAACAAAUUGAGAAACAAUUAUUGCCCUAUUCGUGAUGCUACUCUUCAUUUUAAUGAGGCAAAUCUGAAAACAAAUUAA